ACUCGCGGCCCCUCGCGUUUGGAACUCCUGCAUGUGGGAGGGGCUGGGGCGUCCAGGCACCGCCUCCUCAUGAAUAAUGUAGAUUCAGGCGGUGUCCCGGACCCGGAAGUGGAGUUGCCGAGUCACCGCAGUGGCUGAGCUGCUGACAGGAGGCGGCGGCGGAGGAGGAGGCGAGGCCAGACCUGCGGCUCUGUCCCGCCACAGCCGCGGGAGUGCUAGGCAAGCCCACAGAGCCACGCCGGCCUCAGCCCACCAGUGAACCUCCCGCCCCGCGCCCACCCGUCGAUCUGCUCGGCUGCCUGCUCGCCUGACUCGUCUGGGGCGGCCUAGGCUGCACCACCCACCCGGCUCCUGGGGCCACCGCCCCGCGAGGUCCCGUCGGCGUCCAUAGCCGCGCCCGGCCCCGGGCCCGCUCGCUCGCUGGCACCAUGAUGGAGGAGAUCGACCGGUUCCAGGUGCCCACCGCGCACUCGGAGAUGCAGCCGCUGGACCCAGCCGCCGCCUCCAUCUCAGACGGAGACUGUGACGCCCGGGAGGGUGAGUCAGUAGCCAUGAAUUACAAACCAUCCCCGCUCCAAGUGAAGCUGGAGAAGCAACGGGAGCUGGCCCGGAAGGGGUCCCUGAAGAAUGGCAGCAUGGGUAGCCCUGUCAACCAGCAACCCAAGAAGAACAAUGUCAUGGCCCGGACAAGGCUGGUCGUUCCCAAUAAAGGCUAUUCUUCGCUUGACCAGAGCCCAGACGAGAAGCCACUGGUAGCCCUUGAUACUGACAGUGAUGAUGACUUUGACAUGUCCAGAUAUUCCUCCUCUGGCUACUCCUCUGCUGAGCAGAUCAACCAAGAUUUGAACAUUCAGCUGCUGAAGGACGGCUACCGGUUAGAUGAGAUCCCUGAUGACGAGGACCUGGACCUCAUCCCCCCCAAGUCCGUGAACCCCACAUGCAUGUGCUGCCAGGCCACGUCCUCCACCGCCUGCCACAUUCAGUAGUGGGUGAGGCUGCUGCAGCAGCUGGAGCAGGGCCACAGAGGGCCAGGUUGGACAGGGCAGGGGCUGACCCCUCCCCAACUCGUCUGCCUGCCCCUGGCCCCGCGCCCUCUACAGCCGCCAACCUCCUAACAGUCAUUGCUUCCUCCUAUGGUAGGACGUGUACUUCUGCGUGUUCAUGGAGCCGGAGAAACCAAAACCGGGUCUCUCUUCACCCCGGGGGCUGAGGAGGGGGGCAGCUCUAUGUUCAGUUACUCGAGGGACCUCGCCUAGCACCCUGCCCCACUCCCCAAAGCUGCAGUCUGGUGAGGGGACUGGACCGCAGGGAGGCCAACAAUAAUAAAUUUUGAGAGAGAUCACAAAGCCAGGGACUCGGCCCCACCCCAGUGAAGCCAUGAACUCCCCCAGCCCCAGCCUGACAAGGAAAGGGGCUCAAGGGAGAAAGGCCCUGGGGGGGGGGGGAAGGGGGCAAAGCCCAGCACCUCAGAGCCCCCUCCGUGCGACCCCUGCCAACCCAUGUACCUAUUUGCAUUUCUCCCUUCAUCUCUAGAUGGGAAGGCUGGGAAAACUGCCCAGUGGGAUAUUGCCCCUGACCCAUCUGAUCACUGCCUUCUUCCUCCUCUUUGCUCCAUUCACCUGCUUCCUUGCUCUCUGGGUUAGAGACAGGCCGGAGUUUGGGAUAGUAUGAUCUGUCCUCACCCACCCCUAACCAAUGCAUCUAUCUCUCUGCCAAGGCCCCCCCCACCCCCCGCCCCCCCACCUUUCUGUUCACUGGUCUCUAUUCCACACUGGGAGCAGGAGAUAGGCUGGCCUCAGAUGCGCCAUUCCCAUCUCACUCCAGCCCAAGAUUCCGGAUGCUGCUUCCCAGUAAGACUCUUCGAGGAAGCAAGAUGAAAAUAUAGUGGCUGCAUGUGUAUGGUAGGGAGAGAUUGGCAGAAUGUGUGUGCCUGAGGCUGUCAGGCUUUGUGCCUGUGUCUCUGCAGUUGGGCCUGUCUCUCUAGAUGUCUGUUUCUGCCGUAGAUGGUGGGAAAGUGACUGUGUGGUCUGUUAACAGUGUGAGAGGCUAUUCAGCAGUACAGUGGACUGAGAGCUCUGGACUUGGAACCAGAAGCCUGGGUUCUAGUCCUAGCUCUGGCACUCUCCCUGUGGUCUUCAACAAGUCACUUGCAUUCUCCAGGCUUCAGUUUCCUCAACUGUAAAAUGAGCAGUGUCUGAAAUUAUUUUUAAGGUUCUUUCAAACCCGAAGGAAUUUUCUCAUAGGAACUUCUCUGGAGGUGUAUAGGGAGGCCUCUGUGUAUCUUUGAGUACACCUAGAGGGCUUCCUGAGUUGUAAGUCUGUAUGGAAAGGAGAGGAGGAAGUUCCAUGGGACCUGUCUAUGUCUGAGUGCAUGGGGGAUCUACUUGGGAAUACAUGUGUGUGUGUCUAUGAAUAUGUAUACUUGUAUGGAUAUCUCUUGUGUAUGUGGCUAUAUGCGGUGUCUGAGUCAGAAUGUGUAUACUGCUGCUUCCACUGUUGUUGCUGGGGUGGGAGGGUGUGCCAGAAAAACUGAGGAUGAAAAUCAAGAAGGAGGAGGUGACCAAUGGCUUCCACUGGGACUGGGUAAUAUAGACCUGCCCUCAUGUGAAAAAAAAAAAAAAAAAAUGAAAGCACAGAUAGCCUAAGACUGCUCAGGUCUAUGCCCCAGAAACCCCAUACCCCAAGGCCAGGGUGUACACCCCCCAUUCCUCCAUGCUGACACCCUACAUGCACUGGUGUAUCCACUUAUAUAUUACCACUCACAUGCUGCAAGCAUGUAAAGGACACACCCGCAGCCCACUCCCUGGACGUCUUUCCUGGGAGGUGGGAGCUAGAAGAGGGAGAGGGUAGUAAGAGGUAGAGAGUAAGGCUGCUAGCUUAGGAAGGGUAGCAGCUCUCCCUGCACCACACUCAGGGGCUGCCAACUCCAAAGUGUUGAGAUGCAGCUCUCUACCCUCAAUUCCUCCAACUCACCCCUACCUCCUCUCAUGCAGGGAUCUGGUUAGAUGAGGAAAUGCCAAAGGGAGGCACGACAGAGAAAGCACUGUCAGGGCCCACAAGGCCAGUAUUGGCCUCUAUCUGAGCCCAUUUCUCCCACCAUGGUUAGAUCCCUAUACUCCGUCAUCUGGGCACCCUGAGCCAAGCCUACUACUACUAUCACCACCACCCUGGGCUUCUUGACUCACCCUUCGAGAACCUGGAUACCUCCUCUUUUCCAGGCAGGGCCCCACCAGGGCUCAUUUAUAUCUCUGCCUUUGCUGCUGACUUGCUGUGUGACUCCGGCCCCCUGCCUAACCCCUCUGGCCCUGAGGAACUAGGGAAAAGCUCCCUCCCUACAGGACAUACCUAGUUCCUUGGAAGGCAAUGGUUUCUGAGUAAGUGUACAAAUGGCAGAGAGAGGUAGGAAGCUGGCAGCCAGCACCUUCUGGGUCUAGGGAGAGUGUACGGUUUCCUCCUUCCCUGUCUGGGAGGUUGGAGGGGAGGAAUCGAGGCCUUAGCUUGUCCCCUGCCACCCUUCUCCCUUGUAGAUACUGCCUUAACACUCCCUCUACCCUCAGCUCUGGCUGCCACCCAGCCAGGUUUCUCCGCGCUCACUAAUUUAUUUCCAGGAAGGUGUGUGGAAGACAUGAGCCGUGUAUAAUAUUUUUUUUAACAUUUCCAUCGCAGUAUUGACCAUCAUCCUUGGUUGUGUAUCGUGUAACACAAAUAACGAUAUUAAAAGCAUCAAACAA